GUCCCUCCCCCUCAUUGGUCAUGUAGCAGAGAGAAGGAGGGGAAACACUGACGGACUGAAUUCCUCAUCGCUCCUCAAAUUUCUUCAAAUCACAGACCUCCUGCUCCUGGACACACGGCCGACCUCCGAUUCUCUGCCCGAGCAGAUCAGCUUUCUCAAGAAAAGAUGUUGCGGUGUGUCGCGGUGCUUCUUCUGUUGGUCGCAGCCUUCUGUAACGCUGAGGAACCGAAGAGCAAGAGCAAAGUGUGCGCCAAUGUCUUCUGUGGAGCCGGGAGGGAGUGUGCGGUCAGCGAGAAAGGGGAGCCCAGCUGUCUGUGCAUAGAGAGCUGCAAGCCCCACAAGAGGUCGGUAUGUGGCAGCAACGGCAAGACCUACAGGAACCACUGUGAGCUCCACAGAGACGCCUGUCUGAGUGGGCUGAAGAUCCAGGUGGAACACGACGGUCACUGCCAGGAGAAGAAGACAGACCUGGUAGCUGCCAGUCCGGUGGUGUGUUACGCUGCCGACCGCAACGAAUUGAGGAGCCGCGUGAUCCAGUGGCUUCAGACCGAAGUCGUUCCCGAUGGCUGGUUUGUCAAGGGCUCCAACUUCUCUGAGAUCCUGCUCAAGUACUUCAAGUCCUACGACAACGGCGACUCUCAGAUGGACUCGACCGAGCUCCUCAAAUUCAUCCAGCACAAUGACUCGGUGGUGGAGCUGCAGUCCUACGCCGACCAGGAGAGCAACAAGCUGCUCAGGAGUCUGUGUGUGGACGCGCUCAUCGAGCUCUCCGAUGAGAAUGCCGACUGGAAGCUGAGCUUUGAUGAGUUCCUCAACUGCCUGAAGCCAGGCUUUAACCCACCAGAGAAGAAAUGUGCCUUGGAGGACGAGACGUACGAAGACGGAGCCGAGACUCAGGUGGAGUGCAAUCGCUGCGUUUGUGCUUGUGGCAACUGGGUCUGCACCGCCAUGACCUGCACUGAUAAGAAGGCCGCCAUUCAUGAGUCAGCAGAUGCUGAUGGAGAGAUGACGGAGGAGGAGUGGAACCUCCGUGUGGCUGAGCUCAACAAGCACCAGGAAACUGCUGAGAAGAUGAAGGCCAGCACAAAAGAAGCCUAAAGAGGACGCAGCGAUGACGGAGAGGAUGCACACCAUCACCCUGCCUCCAUACUUGAUCUACUUUUCCACAUUUGUAUUGUCUAAAAACUGACAUGUUUAUCUGCUUUGUUAUUCAUUUUUAAAUGUUUGAGUCGACGCUUGCUAGUUUCAGGGGCUUUUGAACCCUACGCUAGUAUUCCCUGGUCUUCAGUACUGUUAUGUUUGAUUGUGUUGUUACUCCCCUGCACUACUCUCGGGGGGGUUUUUUAAAGCAUAUUUUUACCUUUUUACAGUUAUCAUAUUUUUUUUUAUUUUGUUUGUGAAUUUGAAAGUCACUGUCAGCGGAUGGAGGUGAGCAGCAAGUCACUUUUGGUUUGAAGGAGUUUCAAGUCAUACAAAAAGAAAUCAUGGCAUUUGUGUGGUUUAUUUUUAUUAAAAUGAAAAGAUUAUUUUACAUAAAAAAUAAAUAUUCUAAAACAUUUUUUCAAAUUUCGAGACUUCAAAGUGCGUUUUUAAUUUAAUUUACUGCAUUUUUUAACAGGCUGGAAUCAAAGAGUUUGAGCAGUCACAUCUCUGAGGGUCAUAUUAGGUUUGUUUAGCUUUGUAUUUAACCUCAUUUAAACCACACUGUAAGAGCUCGGCUUGAGUGGCGCUCAGGUGUGUCUCCUUGGUGCUUUUUUUAAAGCUUCAUUUCAAACCAUCCGUGUCUUAUACUUUCGAGGGAGGAGCUGCACCUCAGUGAGGCCUGAUGUGAGUGUUGCAUGGUGAAAUCUGAAACCAAAGUAUUGAUGGGAAAUGUUUGAAUAAUGUUCUCUCCGGGUAAGACGUUACUCCGGACCCAGCAACAACACUAUACCUGCGCUUUCAUCGUCACACCUAACUAGAGCCGCUCUGUCCAGUAUUACUUCAAUAACAGGUGCACGUGUGUGAGUGUGACUGUGUGUCUGGGUGUAAGGAAAUUGUGAUGCUUUUUUUUGUUUUAGUUUGUUAUAAUUCCAGAGCGAUAAAUCAGUGCCUUCGACCUGCUCACCAUGCAGGUCUCUACCUUCUGUCAAGUCGAGUUCAGCCCAGUGCUCUGUGACGCUGGAACACCAGUGUGGAAGUGGCUUUACACAGCGACAGUUGUAUCUUUAUAUGCCACUAAACAGUGUAGAGACUGCAGGUUGUGCAUGUGUAAGUCAAUAAAUCCCAUUGU